UCACCCACUCCCACACUCUUACAUAGACGUGCUUGAACUGAACUUGAAUUUGGAGUGGUUUUAGGCAAGAGUUAAGUCUUUCCUCUCAGGUUGCAGACAUGUGGAACAAAGCUUUGGCGUUUUUUUGUUCCUUGUUUAAUUUUCUGUAUCAGGCCAUUGUCCCCUGCACUUUUCCUAAUCUGUUACCGGUCAACACUGUCGACCGCCAGCAGUAUCUAGGGCGAUGGUACUUUAAAACAGCGGUGAGUCACAGAGAAGCCGACGUCCAGAGGUUCAGAGCGCUGGAUAACAUUUGGUUCAACAUUGAGGAGACGGCCAAAGACACUCUGGUGCUGACUGGACACAUGCGCACAGGAGAUGACUGUGUAAAUCAAACAUGGACCUAUCACAUACGUCCUGACAGAGAGGAUUUGGAACUGAAAGGAAAAAAGGAGCGGCGGAGCCUGCUGUGGACCGGCAAAUGGGCCAACUGUGCUGAGUGCAUCGUUAUGCAGGAAAUCGAACCGCCUCUACGAGAGACAGACUCAGAGGACUCCCUUAGUAGACACAUGCUGUAUGGUCGUCAGAGGGAUACGGCCUCUGAGAUGGUGUCUAUGUUUCUGAAAAACGCAGCCUGUCAUAAUAUGACAGUGAGUGUCCAGCCACCUCAAAAGAAAGAGUUUUGCCCCUGAAUGUGGACGCUGAAGACUUUGCUGAAUCUAUGAAGUUGUGCUGCUUGAUGAUAGGACCUUUUCUUGUUCCCUGUAUAACGGUUAAAAUAAUAAAACUAGAUAUUGUAGUUUCAUUCA